AUGGUGGAGAUGGGCCGUCACCUCUUUCACUCAAUGGUGAAAGACUAUCAUAUUGAACCAUCUCCUCAACAUUGUUCAAGUAUGGUGGACAUGUUGGGACGGGCAGGGAAAUUGGAGGAAGCAGAGGAAUUGAUGAGUCAGAUCCCGGGACAGCCAGGGAUCCAUGGGAAUGUGGAGAUGGCGGAGAGUUUAGCCGAUACAUUGAUGAGAUUGGAACCAAUGGAAUCAGGUUCUUUUGUGUUGAUGUCCAACUUGUAUGCUGAGAAAGGGGACUGGGAAAUGGUAGCAAAAGUUAGGAAAGGGAUGAGAGAUAAAGGAGUGAGAAAGGAAGUGGGAUAUAGUUGGGUGGAUACUGGUGAUGGUGAUGGUUCCUUGUAUCUGCAUGGGUUUUCAUCAGGUCAUACAUCCCACCCACAGUUUGGGGAGAUAUGUAGAAUGGCAAAAUGUCUAGGAUUAGAGAUGAAAAUUUUGAGAGAGAACACGUGGCAGACAAAAUCACUGAAAAUGGACUCCUUCUCAAGGCCCUCACUUUGA